UUUGAGAACCUCAGCUAUAAACUUUUUUUACGGUAUAAUUUACCGUAGGCGGGUCCGUCACAUAUCUGCCAGUCACACCAGUAAACGGCGGGUCCAUCGCAUUGACCAGAAGAAGGUGACACGUCCCACCCCCUGGGGGACAUUAAGCCGCCCUGUCCUUCGGCGUCAAAGGACGCAGAGCGACGCUGAUCCGUCUCACAGUCACAUGGUGGCAGGUCUCUGCUAUUUCAGUUUAACGCAACGCCGUUAGGUGAUGUCCUGCGUCCUCGGCUGGCAGUAAACCUGAGCUCUUCGGGCACCGACAUGAAGUUCGACGGCUACUUGAAAGUGAGGAUUGGAGAGGCGGUGGAGCUCAAGCCGACCACCUUCUCCCUUCGCCACUCCAAGGUUUUUAACAAGACCUCCGUAGUCCUGGAUCCUUACAUUGUGGUCAAGGUGGACGAUUAUAAGAUCGGGCAGACCCACACCAAGCUGAAGACCACCAGGCCGACGUUCAACGAGGAGUUCUGCGUGAACGUGCGCGGCGGCCAGGCGCUGGAGCUGGCCGCCUUCCAUGAGACGCCGAUCGGCUACGACGACUUCGUGGCCAACGCUGUCGUCCAGCUGCAAGAUCUGCUCAAAGCCUCGACCAUGAAUGAGACCUACGAAGGAUGGCUGGACCUGGAACCUGAGGGCAAGGUCUUUGUCAUCAUUUCUCUGACGGGCUCCUUCACUGAUGAGGAGGCCACAGCCAACCCAAGGCAACUGAGGAAGUUCACACGGAAGCACCAGGGGGCGCUGCGGAGGAAGGUCCACCAGGUUAAUGGUCACAAGUUCAUGGCCACCUUCCUGCGACAGCCCACCUUCUGUUGUCACUGCAAGGAGUUCAUCUGGGGUGUGUUUGGGAAGCAGGGCUACCAGUGCCAAGUCUGCACCUGUGUCGUCCACAAGCGCUGCCACCAGCUGGUGGUGACAGUGUGCCCACGCAUGAAGAAGGUCGACACAGAGGAGGCCGGCACCCAGGGCUUCAGCAUCAACGUUCCUCACAAAUUUAACAUUCACAACUACAAGGCACCUACUUUCUGUGACCACUGUGGCUCGCUGCUGUGGGGCCUCGUCAAGCAGGGCCUGCAUUGCAAGAUCUGUAAGAUGAACGUCCACAUCCGCUGCAAGGGCAACGUCGCUCCCAGCUGUGGGGUCAACAGCGUGGAGUUGGCCAACUGCCUGAAGGAGAUGGGCUUGCAGGCGGACGGAGUCUCCAGACAUGGCUCCUUGGCACGACAAGCCACAUAUAUUAAACGAAGCCCUGGUUCAAAGGAACAAAGCCCUGAAAGUGAAGAACACAUGAGGAAGCGUCUUGGCUUGGCCGACUUCACUUUCCUGCAGGUUCUGGGAAAAGGCAGCUUCGGCAAGGUGAUGCUUGCACGCCUGGAAAAAACGGGGGAGGUGUUUGCUGUGAAGGUGCUGAAGAAGGACGUCAUCCUUCAGGAUGAUGACGUGGAGUGCACCAUGACGGAGAAGAGGAUCUUAUCUUUGGCUCACAGCCACCCCUACCUUACGCAGCUGUACUGCUGCUUCCAGACACCGGAGCGACUCUUCUUCGUCAUGGAGUUUGUCAAUGGCGGUGACCUCAUGUUCCACAUCCAGAAGGUGCGGAAGUUCGACGAGUGGCGUGCACGCUUUUACGCUGCCGAGAUCACCUCAGCCCUCAUGUUUCUGCACAUCAAUGGCAUUAUCUACAGGGACCUUAAGCUGGACAAUGUGCUCCUGGACAAAGACGGUCACUGCAAACUGGCUGAUUUUGGCAUGUGCAAGGAGGAGAUCUUUGAGGGUGAGAGCACCAGGACCUUCUGUGGAACCCCAGACUACAUAGCCCCAGAGAUCCUGCAGGAGAUGUCGUACGGCCCCUCCGUAGACUGGUGGGCCCUGGGCGUGCUGCUGUAUGAGAUGCUUCUGGGCUAUGCUCCCUUCGACGCCGAGAACGAGGACUCGCUUUUCGAGGCCAUCUUGACGGAGGAGAUCACCUACGAGAAGUGGCUGAGCAUCGAGGCUGAGGACAUCCUGAAAGCACUCCUGACCAAAAACCCUGACCAUCGGCUGGGCUCCGUGUCAGCCAGCGGGGGGGAGAGCGCCAUCACCAGGCAUGCCUUCUUCCGCUCCAUCGACUGGGAGCUGCUGAACCGAAGGGAGCUGGAGCCUCCGUUCAAGCCCCGGAUUAAAGCCACGGAGGAUGUGAGUAACUUUGACCCAGAUUUUACACAAGAGGAGGCCUCACUCACGCCUAUCGAGGAACCUGUAAUUACCUCCAUCUCUCAGGAUGUCUUCAGGAACUUUUCUUACACGUCCCCCAGACUUUUGGAAAGAUAGAGCUUCCUCUGCCGCCUUCCAUCAGAGCCGCCCUCGACAUCACGUCACGUUCUUAUCGGAACUCUGCUGAAUGCUUGACCUCGUCAACUCUGAGACACACAUUUGUGUUGCUCCUGAUUCCCGGAAACUUCUGAAAGCAAUACUCAGUGAUGAGACCCAACACCAUCUAAGAAAUGCCCAUCUGAAUGAGUGGGAAGUCUUGAGCAAUCUAUUUGCGCUAAAGCGUCGUAAAGAAGUCCUCCUAGCUUGUGUGAGAUGUACCGGGUGUGUAUUGUGUUGGGGCUAGGACUGGUUGCGUGACUGGACUUCACACAGCCUCAAAUGCAAAAACUAACUGGUCAGGUCCACACAGCUCGUGGAAAAGUGGACCCUCGAACUGGUAGCUAAACUCCAGUGUGGCUUGCUGAUGCUGAUCUGCUGACAGGCAUUUUCAUGCACCUCAUGUUUACUUUCUUCAGAGGGAAAAAUGGAUUUUUUUCUCUAAGCAGAGUAUUGCCUCAGCAUGGCUUUGGCCCCCAAUGCAGGAUCAGCACCAUUGUCUCCAGUCAGCUUGUUGGGCUUGAAAGCACAGGCAUCCCAGUCUGCCACAGUAAUAAUAUUUCCUGUGACAUUUUCCUUAUUAUUAAUUAUGUCAUUUUUACAUGGGAAGUCAUGAAGACGGAUGCUUUCCUUUUCUGUGUUUGGGGGGGGGGGUUCAAUCAUGCAGUUAUCUUUCAUGGUUACAUUUUCUGAGAAAUCUUAGAUAUGGUGGCUGAUAUCGUCACGAUUAUCAGCAUCUCCUGCCAAAAGUGUUCUUGAGAUUUCAUUUGUUUUCCGGUUCUUGUUGGGGAGAGACUUGUUGGAAAAUGGCGACGUAAACAUGUGUUUAAGGAAAAGCUUGGCAGCAAUUGGCCAGGUCGUCUACCGUGGGCGACUGGAGGCAGCCGGUCUCUGCUCCAUGCUGAUGCGUACAAAUUGUCUGCAUGUUCAUCUCACUCUGAAACUGUCAUAAAUUUGACAUUCCACUCAGGCUCCCUGUUUGGCCCGAGUCGCAGUGCCUCACUGCCACGUGGCAUCACACUCAUCCGGAAGAAGCCAGCUUCCCCUGACUGCACCCUGCUGUGGGUUGAUUACCAUGACUGCAGAUUUCAGUGCUGUGAAAGAGCGUCGUGAAGAAUAAACAACGCCAAAUACAAUGUGAAA